UCCGAGCGCAUAGGUGGGAAGGGUCUUAGGACGGGAGAGGAGACAGGUCCCUCCCAGGGGAGGAUGCCCUCCCUCUCCAAGGACGAGGGGCUCCUUGCCUCGCCCUAGGGCUGCCUGAAGUUCCAGCAGUCGGGGCUGUCCGUGGACCAUGUCCCGUGCCAGUUCGUGCGCCCAGGCUCCCCGCCGCCGGCGGGAAUGCUAAUGCGCCCGCCUCGCCGCGCCGCUGUACUUCCAAAGGGCGGCAGCCGGGGCCAGAGCAGGUGCUGCUACAGGGCUGGUUCUCCCUGCCUUUCUCUGCUGGCCACACUAGUUGCAGAAUCAUUGAUUCUCUCAGCACCCUCUCUGGUGUCAGCAGCACAGAGGGAAGAAGAUGACCUAGAGGUAUGUCAUGCCCAGACCAGCAGAGGGCUCCAUGAGGAUUUAUAGAAGAUGCCCCGCGUCUCGGCGCCUUUGGUGCUGCUUCCUGCGUGGCUCGUGAUGGUCACCUGCAGCCCCCACUCCCUGAGGAUUGCUGCUAUCUUGGACGACCCCAUGGAAUGCAGCAGAGGGGAGAGGCUGUCCAUCACCCUGGCCAAGAACCGCAUCAACCGCGCUCCUGAGAGGCUGGGCAAGGCCAAGGUCGAAGUGGACAUCUUUGAGCUGCUCAGAGACAGCGAGUACGAGACUGCAGAAACCAUGUGUCAGAUCCUCCCCAAGGGAGUAGUUGCUGUCCUGGGACCAUCAUCCAGCCCUGCCUCCAGUUCCAUCAUCAGUAACAUCUGUGGGGAGAAAGAGGUGCCUCAUUUCAAAGUGGCCCCAGAGGAGUUUGUCAAGUUCCAGUUCCAGAGAUUCACAACCUUGAACCUGCACCCCAGCAACACAGACAUCAGCGUGGCUGUGGCUGGAAUCCUGAACUUCUUCAACUGCACCACCGCCUGCCUCAUCUGUGCCAAAGCAGAAUGCCUUUUAAACCUAGAGAAGCUGCUGCGGCAAUUCCUGAUCUCCAAGGACACACUCUCUGUCAGGAUGCUGGAUGACACCCGGGACCCCACCCCACUCCUCAAAGAGAUCCGGGACGACAAGACAGCCACCAUCAUCAUCCAUGCGAACGCCUCCAUGUCCCACACCAUUCUGCUGAAGGCAGCUGAACUAGGGAUGGUGUCAGCCUAUUACACAUACAUCUUCACUAAUCUGGAGUUCUCACUCCAGAGAAUGGACAGCCUUGUGGAUGAUCGUGUCAACAUCCUAGGAUUUUCCAUUUUCAACCAAUCCCAUGCUUUUUUCCAAGACUUUGCCCAGAGCCUCAACCAGUCCUGGCAAGAGAACUGUGACCACGUGCCCUUUACUGGGCCUGCGCUGUCCUCGGCCCUGCUCUUUGACGCUGUCUACGCUGUGGUGACGGCAGUACAGGAGCUGAAUCGGAGCCAGGAGAUGGGUGUGAAGCCCCUGUCUUGUGGCUCAGCCCAGAUCUGGCAGCAUGGCACCAGCCUCAUGAACUACCUGCGCAUGGUAGAAUUGGAAGGUCUCACCGGCCACAUUGAAUUCAACAGCAAAGGCCAGAGGUCCAACUAUGCCUUGAAAAUCUUACAGUUCACGAGGAAUGGUUUCCGGCAGAUUGGUCAGUGGCACGUGGCAGAAGGCCUCAGCAUGGACAGCCGCCUCUACGCCUCCAACAUCUCCGACAGCCUCUUCAACACCACCCUAGUCGUCACCACCAUCCUGGAAAACCCAUAUUUAAUGCUGAAGGGGAACCACCAGGAGAUGGAAGGCAAUGACCGCUACGAAGGCUUCUGUGUGGACAUGCUGAAGGAGCUGGCUGAGAUCCUCCGGUUCAACUACAAGAUACGCCUGGUUGGGGAUGGUGUGUACGGUGUGCCGGAGGCCAAUGGCACCUGGACAGGCAUGGUCGGGGAGCUGAUUGCUCGGAAAGCAGAUCUGGCUGUGGCAGGCCUCACUAUUACAGCAGAGCGCGAGAAGGUGAUUGAUUUCUCUAAGCCAUUCAUGACGCUGGGAAUUAGCAUUCUUUACCGAGUUCAUAUGGGACGCAGACCGGGCUAUUUCUCCUUCCUGGACCCCUUUUCUCCAGGCGUCUGGCUCUUCAUGCUUCUGGCCUAUCUGGCUGUCAGCUGUGUCCUCUUCCUCGUGGCUCGGUUGACACCCUAUGAGUGGUAUAGCCCUCACCCAUGCGCCCAGGGCCGGUGCAACCUCCUGGUGAACCAGUACUCCCUCGGCAACAGCCUCUGGUUUCCAGUUGGGGGCUUCAUGCAGCAGGGCUCCACCAUUGCCCCUCGAGCUUUGUCCACCCGCUGUGUCAGUGGAGUCUGGUGGGCAUUCACGCUGAUUAUCAUCUCAUCCUACACGGCCAACCUGGCAGCUUUUCUGACUGUGCAGCGUAUGGAUGUGCCCAUUGAGUCAGUGGAUGACCUGGCUGACCAGACUGCCAUUGAAUAUGGCACAAUUCACGGAGGCUCCAGCAUGACCUUCUUCCAAAAUUCCCGCUACCAGACCUACCAGCGCAUGUGGAAUUACAUGUACUCCAAGCAGCCAAGUGUGUUUGUGAAGAGCACAGAGGAGGGAAUUGCCAGGGUGUUGAACUCUAACUACGCCUUUCUGCUGGAGUCCACCAUGAAUGAGUACUAUCGGCAGCGAAACUGCAACCUCACUCAGAUUGGGGGCCUGCUGGACACCAAGGGCUAUGGGAUUGGCAUGCCAGUCGGUUCGGUUUUCCGGGAUGAAUUCGACCUGGCCAUUCUCCAGCUGCAGGAGAACAAUCGCCUUGAGAUCCUGAAGCGCAAGUGGUGGGAAGGGGGGAAGUGUCCUAAGGAGGAAGAUCACAGAGCUAAAGGUCUGGGAAUGGAGAAUAUUGGUGGAAUCUUUGUGGUUCUUAUUUGCGGCUUAAUUGUGGCCAUUUUUAUGGCAAUGUUGGAGUUUUUAUGGACUCUGAGACACUCAGAAGCAACUGAGGUGUCCGUCUGCCAGGAGAUGGUGACCGAGCUGCGCAGCAUCAUCCUGUGUCAGGACAGUAUCCACCCUCGCCGGCGGCGUGCGGGCGUCCCGCAGCCCCAUCCCCCUAUCCCGGAGGAGCGGCGGCCCCGGGGCACCGCGACGCUCAGCAAUGGGAAGCUGUGCGGGGCCGGAGAGCCCGACCAGCUGGCGCAGAGACUGGCGCAGGAGGCGGCCCUGGUGGCCCGCGGCUGCACGCACAUCCGCGUCUGCCCCGAGUGCCGCCGCUUCCAGGGCCUUCGAGCGCGGCCGUCCCCGGCCCGCAGCGAAGAGAGCCUGGAGUGGGAGAAGACCACCAACAGCAGCGAGCCCGAAUAGCCGGAGUAGCCGGCGGCCACCGACGUGGAGCCAGGUGGGGAGGCGGGAGGGCUGGGCCGGCGCCGCUGUCUCGGGCAGCCCGGACAUGUCCAGCGGCCACGCUUCUUCCUGGAUUCGGGAUUCAGUCACUUUACAAAACGGUGAAAGAGCCUGACACCCCAGGCAGAGACACAGGAUGCCCGGUCGGGGACCGGGUCCACCCCGAGACGUUCCACCCAAGUGGCAAAGGGAUGCUGUCCCUCGUGGGCGCAAGGACCCAUCUUCUCCCAGUGGGCUUUUCCCUUCCAAAUAACAGUCUGGGGUGGGGGCUGUGCCCAGCCCAGCCCAAGGAAUGGAUGGAAUCAUCAGUUGAACUUUCCCUAGGAAGGGGCCAUUGUUCCUACCCUGGGCCUAGUUCUUACAGGAAAAAAAAAUUAAACUCAACAGGGAAGUUUUUCUUUUCUGGAUUUGUA